UUAAUCAAAAGUUGUAAACAAAUUGUCAAGUAAUUGGUAAUCUAUCAUUUUUCUUUAUUUAUUUGUCCUCAGCCUAGUAUAAAGUACUUCAUUACCUGAAACAAAUAUCUAGCAAAUAUCUCGCUUGGGUGCACCUACGCUUACAAGUACGCCAUGGCAGGAACCAGGGAGCAUUUGAUAUCCGUGGAGGAGUUGCUGUCGAGAAAGGCUAGCCUUUCUGGUGAAACAAGCAGGGGCCGUGACAUUUCCUGCCUGCAGAGGCGGGUCGUCGAAGUUAUUGAACACGGAGAGGAAGCCUGCGAGCUGAAAAAAAAGAGGUUUGAGAAACUGAGGGAAGCAGGCAGAGAUCAUCCCAAUGGAGGUCAAAAGGCUACAUCAAAAAUACAAGAGGUUCCGCUGUUGCUGCGAGAUCACAAACAUUUCGACAAGUAUUUUAAGCCAAGGAUUGUAGCACUCGGUCCUAUCCAUCAUGAUACUCCAAAAUACCAGCCAGCAGAGGAAUACAAGCUUAGAAUGACGAACUGCUUCGUCAAGGAAAGUGGUAAAGAUGAUGAGUCUUUGUACAACGUAGUUGAGAACAACAUCAAGCAACUAAGGCAGUGUUUCGAGGAGAAGGUGACCGAGAAAUAUAGUGAUCAGGCCCUCGCCUGGAUGCUGUUUGUGGACGGGUGUGCAAUAUUACAGUCCAUUCAUUGUGCUGUUAGCAAUGAAUGCACAGAUUGGAAAAUGAAAUACGAUCUGAUGGCCUUUGGGACACAGGAUUUGUUCUUGUUGGAGAAUCAACUUCCUUAUCAACUCCUUGUGGAUUUGAUGAAUUCCAGCGCAAAGAAAGGUCAAUUGAUGAAAUCCAUAAAAACCUUCAUGCUUAGGCAGACCGCGCUGCCACAGGAGGAAGGGAGUCAACUGACUACGGAAAGGGAUCCGAACCAUCUUCUCGAUCUCCUCCGGACGAUAAUCAUAGGGGCCAAACCCAAAAGUACUCCUGGAGAAAAGAGCUCAAGAAGAGGUAAAUCGCAGUCGUACUAUCGCAACGUGGAGGAGCUUAGAGCAGCAGGAAUCCAUGUGAUGCCGCCCAGGAAAAGAAAUGGUUCCUUGACAACCAUAACUUGUGAUGAAGGACUCAAUUUCUACCUCCGGCUUUCUCCAAUAAUAGUUGAUGACUCAACGGGGCCCAAGUUCUUGAAUUUGAUAGCCUACGAGAUGUGUCCGGAUUUCGAAAAUGAGUUCGAGAUCACCUCUUACAUAUCAUUCCUGGAUUCACUCAUUGAUAACGACAACGACGUAAUGGAGUUGAGGAAUGCGGGCAUACUCCAGAACCACCUCGGCAGCGACAAAGAAGUGGCUCUACUCUUCAAUGAGAUUGGCACUGACUUGGUUCCUGACCCCGACGCAUAUCGGGAAGUCAAAGCUGCCAUUCAGAGUCACUACGAUACUAAGUGGAAGACCUGGAUUGCUGAAGCCCUUGACGACCAUUUCAGAAGCCCCUGGACGUUUCUGGCUUUUUCGGCCGCAAUAAUAGUACUUGGCCUAACUUUCAUACAAACUUGGUUCGCAUUCAAAGAAGACAGAGGUAAUUCCCGACCGGUUCGGCGCUAGUCGCGAGUUCACCAGCAUGCAUCAUCAUGAAUAAUACAACUUUUAUGAUUUGGAGAGACAUAAAUAUAAUACAUAGAUCUUAUCAUUUAAAUCUACAUGCAAGAUCUCCGUAUUAUAUUUAUUUCUCUUUAAAUUAUAAAAUAUAUAUGAAAAAUAAAUAAUUUAUGCGACCAACGCACCGGCCAGUUGUUUGCAGUGUCUUGAAAUAAAAAAUAAAUCCGAGUAAAUGUGUAGGCUUGCACAUGCAUCUUACUCAAAGUAAUGCGUUUGAAUUUAGUUAAUAUAUAAAUAUGAAGUUUAAAUAAGUGAGGAUAUUCGAGCUGUGUGGACUACUGCAUGUAUCUGGUAUUAAUUAAUUAAUGUGUGGUACUACUACUUAAGAUAAAGUAGUAAUGAUUAUUAUAUAUAAUGUCUGAAAUGAUUGUGUAUGCAUUUAUAUGUAAUCAAUGUAUUUCUUAAAUUAAGAUUUUAUAAUAAGAGUCAGCUUCCUUAUAAUUUUCUAUUCAUUA